CGCAGAAGGCGUCGGGGGAAAAGUGCAUGUGCAAGCAGAACUAAGAAAGUUCGCAGACCCGAGGUGCAGGAUGUCCCGUUAAGGAGAAAAAAAAUCCUGCUGAGGAGCAGAAGCAACACAAGCUGACGGGCUGAAAGGACUGCGAACGGCACUUACCGCACAAGAUAUACUGUUAACCAGAGAAAAUGGGCUUUCCGACGAUAUUCAGUUGUCGUCGGAGUCUUCUCAAAUUGUUUUUGCUUCACUUCAUCGCGUUCCAAACAGUAAAUGCUCGCCCUUCUCCUAUUAUCAGGUUUCCCGGAGACGAUACCCCCAGAACAGACAAAGAAGUUGCUUUGCAUUAUCUAAACAAGUUUUAUGGAUGCCCACAAGACAGAUGUAAUCUUAUGGUGCUCAAGGAUACCCUGAAGAAAAUGCAAAAGUUUUUUUCUCUGCAAGAAACUGGAGAGAUUGAUGCCAAAACUGUAGAGAUCAUGAAAAAACCCCGCUGCGGUGUCCCAGAUGUGGCCAAUUAUAACUUCUUCCACAGAAAACCCAAAUGGCAGAACAAGGACGUCACCUACAGAAUCCUGGGUUACACUCCAGAUCUGGAUGAAGAAGUCAUAAAUGAUGCUUUCUUCAGGGCCUUCAAAGUAUGGAGUGAUGUCACGCCACUCACUUUUACUCGCAUCAUGGAUGGAGAAGCAGACAUCAUGAUUAAUUUUGGCCGCAAUGUGGUGAAGGCGAAAUUUGGCAAUGCUGAUGGCGAGUUUUGUAAAUUCCCUUUCCUGUUCAUGGGCACUGAGUACAACAGCUGCACAGCUCAGGGUCGUGAUGACGGUUUCCUAUGGUGUUCCACCACUUACAACUUUGAAGAAGAUGGCAAAUAUGGCUUCUGCCCUCAUGAAUUACUUUUCACCCUGGGUGGAAAUGCAGAAGGGGCUCCAUGUAAAUUCCCCUUCAACUUUCAGGGGGAAAAGUAUGAUGGAUGCACCACAGAGGGCAGAGAUGAUGGUUACCGCUGGUGUGCCACUACUGAGGAUUAUGACCGCGACAAAACGUAUGGCUUUUGCCCUGAAACUGCAAUGUCAACAGUGGGAGGCAAUGCAGAUGGAAGCCCCUGUGCCUUCCCUUUCACCUUCCUGGGAGACACUUAUGAAUCUUGCACCACCUCUGGACGCAGCGAUGGCAAAAUGUGGUGCGCUACCACCAAGAGUUACGAUGAUGACCGCAAAUGGGGCUUCUGUCCUGAUCAAGGCUACAGCCUUUUCCUGGUAGCAGCCCAUGAAUUUGGUCAUGCUCUUGGUUUGGAGCACUCCCAGGACCCCGGUGCACUGAUGGCCCCUGUUUACACUUUUACUAAAGACUUCAGGCUCUCCAAUGAUGACAUCAAAGGCAUCCAGGAGUUGUAUGGUGUGCCAACAGACAAGCCUUUGCCUCCAACCCAGGGUCCUGUCACUCCAAUGGAUAUCUGUAAUGAGCCAGUGAUCUUUGAUGCUGUAGCACAGAUCAGAGGAGAAACAUUCUUCUUCAAAGACAGGUUCCUGUUCAGGUCAGUCAACUUUAGAAGCAAACCCAAUGGACCAAUGCUAGUGGCCACCUACUGGCCCGACCUGCCUGCCAAGAUAGAUGCUGCCUAUGAAAAUCCAGAGGAAAAAACAGUCUUCUUUGCAGGCAAUGAAAUUUGGAUGUAUAGAGCUGAUCAGUUGGAGACAGGCUACCCGAAAAGGUUGUCCAGCCUUGGCCUCCCCACUGACCUGCAGCAAAUCGAUGCCGCCUUCAACUUUAGGAAGAACAGGAAGACUUACUUCUUUGCUGGAGACAAAUUCUGGAGAUAUGAUGAGACCAGCAAGACAAUGGACUCUGGCUUCCCAAAACUUAUUGCGGAUUCCUGGAAUGGCAUCCCAGAUGGCAUUGACUCUGCCUUCAGUCUUAAUGGCAUUGACUACAGCUACUUCUUCAAAGGCAACCACUAUUUCAAACUAGAAGACAGCAGCUUGAAGAUCGUGAAGUUGGGUGAAAUCACAAAGGACUGGCUCGGAUGUUGAACAUUUCCAAAGUGUCUCACAACUAACUUGUGUAAUGGUGACCUCUUGAGCCUCAUGAGGACAUUAUUGUAGUAUUGAACACAACUUAAGGUCGCUGCAGUGAAAACUGUUGUAAUUUUUCUAUCAUGGCAACUCUGCACGCUUUCCUGCAGCCUGUAUAACCGGUCUCCAGAUUUGUAGAACGCCACCUCUGAACCUUCUUCGUAGGCUGAACAUAUGCAACUGGAUCUUUGCUACAUUUCUCUGUGACUUUGACAUUUUAUUUGUUAUGCUGUUAUGCAGAUUUAUUACAAUAUGCACCCCAUCUUUUAUUAUUUUAUAGAUUUUUUUUUUUCCAAGUCAGACAUCAGGUAUGUCCACACUGCUUUAAAUGCAGUGCUAUACUGUGCUGGUCAAUAUUGCCUUUUUAUACAAAUUUGAUUUCUUUAACACCAUAUGAGGAAAUCAUGUUGGCUUAGAAUUAUUUCAGUGUAAUAAGUGCCGUUUUAUAAUUGUAUCUGUUUAAUUACUUUUCUCAUUGUUGUGCACUACAUUUGAAAGAAUGAAUUUGCACAAUGUGACCGAAAAUGGUGCUUUUAGAGAUCGCUUUUUGCAUAUAGUCCUAUAUACAUUAUAUUCUGUAUAACUAUGUCUGAUCGGACUACUUAGUAUCCUCUGGAUGUAUAAAAGUAGUAUUCCCAGACACAUUAUCCUUCAUUUGGUUAGCACUUUGUUUAGGACUAUACAAGGGAGUGGCACAAUAGGAAGACCAAAUUAUUCCCGUGUCAACUCCAUGUUACAUUUCCCUACACUAACGGUACAGAAAGAUUAAUGGCACAGGUUGCCUCUAGAGGCUGUAUAGGUUUCAUGCAUAAUGGAACCAUGACAAGAGUACCGCAGUAGUAUUGCUUAAUUAUCUUUUUUACAUGUUUUUUUUCCUUGUGAUGGUUUGUUUAUGCUUUUUGCACUGUCAUCAAUAAAGAUGGUCAAUAUAAUAAAUCUA